AAUGAGACAGCUCACUUUCAAUGCUGAUAUGGAAUAUCUUUCGAUUCAACCGCAGAGCAGACGACAAUUAAGACAAGCUGUUGCAAAUUAUAGUCAACAUGCACAAGUGGAAGAAACUGGUGAUUUAAAAAGGAUAACUGAAGAAGAAGAACUAAUUAAUAUUUCAGAAUAUUAUGAAUCUCAUGUAAUUCAUACUUCUGAAAAAAAUCAUGCCAAACCAAAGAAAAACAAAGCAAAACAGCAAAUAAAACGUCGUAAACGCUCAAAACCUGAAAUAAUUUUUGAUGAAAACUGGAUAUCCGAAUUUCCUGCAGAAUCAACAAACUUUGACCGCUUUCGUGAAGAUGAUGUUGAAUUCCAUCCAACAGAUUUGACAACAUUACUUACAUCUAACUCAAAAACCCUAAAACCUCUAAGUAAAUCUGAUUUAAAUAAAGAGAUGACAGGCUUGCGUUCAAUUCUUGAAGCAAAUGAACAGUUAACAUCCGAAAGUGUUCAACAACACCUUAAGUUGUUUAAACGGUUAAGAAGUUUGAGUGAUGUGCGGAAAGCUUCCAUCAUUGAUGCUGUAAAUCGUGAGAUAGAAAGGAGAAAAAACUCCUUUAAUGCAGAAUUGAAAGCAUACAUAGACGUCUGCAUAAGCUGUGGCCUGACAAAGAAAGCUAGUUUUGCAGUUGUUGGGGGAGAAUACGCAAGAAGUAAAAGUAAAACCCAUAGCCUUAUUCAAAAGCAAUAUCAUAUAACUGACAUUAACGUGUAUGAAACGCUUUUGCAUGCCCUAGCCAAGAAGAGGGAUACAAGCCAUAUGAAAAAUGUUUUUCAAUGUCUAAAAAGUAAUAAAGAUAUAAAAACGUCUCUACAAUGUUAUGCAGCUUACUUGGAAUGCUUUGGCCGAAUGUCCAUCAAUGGAAGCGAAGAAGAACAAGAAACUCUUUUAGAUGAAAUUCGCCAAUGUUUAAAUGAUAUUCAGGAACAAAACUUUGAUUUGGAAAAUAUAUUAAGAGAUUGUACCUUUCAAGGAGAAGAAUUAGACCAUAUUCUUUUAGCAAUUCGUCUAGUAUUACCUUCGUUUUCUCCUAAAUUUCCGGAAAAGUCUAAUGAUGGGCUCGCUUAUGAACCAGAAAUAUUAGAAGGAUUGGCAUUGAAUAAGGAUAUUGAUAAUCCUCAUUAUGGUGUCUUAAGAAAAGCUGAUUUGAAUACUUUAAUAUCGGAUCAAAUAAAAAAUGAAUUAGAUUCCAGUGUAACUGUGUCAUCAAUUCAACCUCAAAGUGAACCUGAUGAAAUAAUGAUACAUGCUAGAAAUUUGUUGGAAAAAUCGCAGAAAGAAUGGAGAAAAGCUCUAAAAAAGUCUUUCAAACGUUUAUUAAAACAACUAUGGGAACAACACAAAGGUGACUUUAAACCAAAUUUACUACCUUAUUUUAAACUCUUUCCUGCGGAUGUUUAUGUUGAUUACAUGAUGCAGGAAAUAAACUUGCUGUCUUUAUUCUCGGGGUACAGUCCUGCUUUGCCAUCAUUACAACGAAGCCUGGGUAGAAAGCUUUAUGACAAAUAUCAAGCUCUUAAAAAGACUCAAAAUGAAGUUCUAAAUUACAUGAAUCAAGCAUACGAAAUCUAUAGUGGAAAAUUGUGCGAAGAAAAGCUAAACAGCGCUAGUCUUGCUCAAAUUUGGAACGAAAGUUUUGAUCAAGCUUGCUGUAAUAUACCAUUGAGAAAUAUUAACGUUAAAUGGCCAGAUUCUGUUACAAGACAAGUUGGAAAACUUCUCUAUUCAAUAAUCCUAGCAGACAUUCAUGUUGAUGCCAAUAUGUUUAGGGAACCGUCAUCAAGGCAGGAAAUUCCAGCAUUUUAUUCGGUUCAAAUUCAAAAGCCCGGUGAAGCGUACAGCAAGGAAGAGAUCAGGCCUCAUCCUACUUUGUUACGUUUAUACGAAAGAGUAAAUAACAGAGAAUUAAUCUUUAAUUCUCGUGAUAUGCCGACCAUGAUUCCUCCGAUUCCAUGGACAAGCCUAAAUAAUGGAAUAAGUUUCUUAUCAACGACUGAACUAGUAAAGAAUGCGUGGUCCUCACCAACGCAUCAAGAACUACUACAAUCCACGCCUACGAAAGCAUAUCAGCCUGUUUUAGACUCUUUAAGUUCUCUUAGUUCAACACCUUGGCGCAUCAACAACACUGUUUUAGAUAUAAUUAUUGACUUAUUCAACAAAGGAGGAGAUGCAUCUUUGGAUCUUCCUCCUCCUUCAUCGUCAUGUCCUCUCCCACCAGAAAUACCAAAUAAAGCAAGUCCAGCCGAAAAGAAUCGAAUUUUACGUGAAAGGCAAAAAAUACAGCAGCAAAGACACGAUAUGCAUGGAUUGUGGUGCACAGAACUCUAUAGAUUAUCUAUAGCUAAUAAAUUUAGAGAUAAAGUUUUUUAUUUCCCACAUAAUUUGGAUUUUCGAGGACGCGCUUAUGCUGUACCACCUCAUUUUAAUCACUUAGGAAAUGAUUUGGCUAGAAGUAUUUUACUUUUUGCUAAAGGAAAAGAAUUAGGAGAGUAUGGACUUGAUUGGUUAAAAAUACACCUUGUCAAUCUUACUGGACUACGCAAGCGUAGUUCUAAUAAAGAACGUUUACAAUUUGCUGAUUCAAUAAUGGAAGAUAUUUUAGAUUCGGCGCAUAACCCAUUUAAAGGAAAACAAUGGUGGACAAAGUCUGAUGAACCCUGGCAAACUCUGGCAUGCUGUAUUGAAAUUGCAAAUGCCAUCAACUCCAAGAAUCCUAAAGAGUAUCUUUCAUAUUUUCCCGUACAUCAAGAUGGUUCAUGUAAUGGACUACAACACUACGCUGCCCUAGGACGGGAUCAAGGAGGAGCUGAAUCGGUCAACCUGGCUGUAUCAGAUAGACCUAAAGAUGUUUAUAGUGACGUUUUAGACUUGGUUGAAGAAGAGAGAAAGAAAGAUUUAAAAAACGGCAUGGAAAUAGCCAAAUUACUUGAAGGGUUUGUUUCGAGAAAAGUAAUAAAGCAAACCGUCAUGACGACGGUUUACGGAGUUACAUGGUACGGGGCAUGGAAUCAGAUAAUGCGUCAAUUAGAUGAUCUAUCUGAUUUUCCCCAAUCGCACAGCAAAUCAGCAUCUCAAUAUUUGGCAACAAAGACUUUGCUUUGCAUUCAAAAGAUGUUUUCUGCCACGAAGCGUAUACAGGAUUGGUUAACAUUGAGUGCAGAUAUAAUAUCGGUUAUAGCAAACAAACCGGUAGAAUGGCAAACUCCUUUAGGCUGGCCUGUUGUCCAACCAUAUAUGAAACCGUCAACAAUGCCCAGCAGUCUAUUAGAGAAACACGCGAAGGGUUUACGUUUAAAUAAUUUAGAGAAGCCGGAUGCUAGAAAACAGAAAAAUGGUUAUCCUCCAAAUUUUAUACAUUCUUUAGAUUCUACACAUAUGAUGUUGACAGCUUUACAGUGUUUUAGAGCCGGAAGGACAUUUGUAUCAGUGCAUGACUGCUAUUGGACACAUGCAGCAGAUGUGUCCGUAAUGAAUAAGAUUUGCCGUCAGGAGUUUGUUAGAUUACAUAAAUAUCCUAUUCUUCAUAAUCUAUCGGAACAAAUGACAACUAAAUCCUCUGUCGUUGGGUUUAAUGUGAAUCAAAGAGAAAUUUUCGACGAUGUAAUGAAAGCAGUAUUAAAGGAUGUACCGGAAAAAGGUGACUUCAAUCUUGACAAAGUUCUGGAAUCUGAAUUCUUUUUCAGUUAA